AUGCAGCUAUUCCUGAACGAGGUCUCACGACGCCACCCUGAUGAAAAGAUAGUGAUGGUCAUGGAUGGUGCGGGCUGGCACAGCAGCGACAAGCUCAAGGCCCCUCCCAACAUCUACUUGCUGACGCUGCCACCGUACGCGCCAGAGCUCAAUCCGAUGGAGCACGUGUGGGACGAGCUGCGUGAAAAGUUCUUCCACAACCAAGUCUUUCAAAGCCUUGACGCCUUGGAAGACCAUCUCGUUGAGGCGCUCAGUGCCCGAUCCCCGCAGGAAGACUUUGACGACGCCAAAGCCAGGGUGGAAGAAGCCCUGCAGCAAGGACAGCAGGCAUCUGACUCAGCCUCACCCAACGGUGAGAUUUGCGGCAUCUUGCUUUGCAUGUCCGGUGAGCAGGACGGUGUGGCACCUCACGAAUGCAAGCCCCUGGUCGAAGCCUAUUUCAAGAUCCGUGUCUACAAGAAGGGCACCUUCAAAACCCGCUUUGACCCCAUUCGCACCGCACACAAGCGAUAUGCGGAGGUGCUGGAGUCUUGCGACUCAGCCGAGCAGAAAGACCGCGACCGCGUGAAUGCCAUGUUCGGUACUCUCGAAUACUCACCUUUCGUCUAUGGAAACUAA